AUGCGACGUCCGCUCUCGCCCACACUGGCUAAGCUGGCCAAACUGGAGCUAAAUGAAACGCCAGACAGAAUACAACAGGACAUUAUUAUAUUGCGUGUAUGGAUACGCCAGCAGCCGCAUCUGCGCGCACGCAUUGAGGAUGAUUUUCUAAUAGCAUUUCUACGCCGCUGUCGCUACAGCUUGGAACAGACCAAGCGGCGACUGGAUCGCUAUUUCACGUACUACAAUCUAUUUCCGGAAAUUAUGAGCAAUCGCUGUGUGACACAAAGGCUGCUGGAUAUCAAUCGCUUGGGCGUUUGCCUGUAUCCGGACUUGCCAAAGUGCGAUAAUCGCACGGCGCUGUUCAUAGCACGCUUUGGACACUUUGAUCCCAAUCAGUACAGUCUGCGUGAGGUUUAUCACUUUGCCUCUAUGGCCAUGGAAAUUGUUGCACUGGAGAAUGAUUAUGCCUCAGUCGCGGGCAUAUGUGAGAUUAUAGAUCUGGAUGGGAUUAGCUGUGAUAAAAUGCGGCGCUUUGAUAAAAUGUUCUUUCGCAAAUGGUGGAGUUGGCUGUACGACUGCUCGCCACUGCGUGUAAAGGAAGUUUAUUUGAUCAACAUGUCCAAGGAUAUACAAAGCACUAUAAUGAGCUUGUAUAAUGUGCUGAGUGUGCAGGUUAAUUAUCCGAUACGCCUGCUCAAGAACAGCGACGAGUUGCUGGCGCACAUAGGCAAGGAAUGUUUGCCUGAGGAGUAUGGCGGCACUAAUGGGCACAUGGGCGAGAGCAUUGCGUAUAUGGAAGACUUGUUGAAUAGCUAUCGCAGCUACUUUGAGCAGGAUAGUAGAUAUGGCACGCUGGAGGAUUUGCGUCAGGGCGAAGUGGCAACCUAUGAGGCGGAGUUUGGCGUCAAUGGUUCGUUUCGCAGACUUAACUGGGAGUGA